AUGUCGAACUUGUUAGACCAUCAUAGGGAAGAUCAAACUACUGCGUAUCUGGCCAUGCAGCUUCUGGAUGUUCAGAAUUUCAGCGAACUGCCCACCUUUCACGGUAUUCGGAUUUGUCUGGAUGUCGUCAAGCACGUACACUCUCGGAAUCUUAUCCACGGCGACAUCAAGCCACACAACUUCAUCUUCUCUCCUUUGGACGAUCGUCACUCAUAUUUGAUCGACUAUGGGUUCACUACCUGGCGCUCCGAUCCAUGUGCAAAUCUCCCAUUGAAGAAGUCUACUGUAUCUAUACCCAUCUCCAUCAAGCGUGCAAACGACAUGGAUUCAUUGGCGUACACUGUCAUCGAUGUCAAACCUGUCGUCGAGGUCGUCAAGCUGUUCGCAGAUGCGGCCGGUGAGGCAGCCUCACUGUCACAGGUGCCCGGCUGCCUAUGGUGCGUCAAGUCUGGUACAGUCGCAAAGCCGGUGUUCGCUGCGAUCAAUGGCUUGACUGCGGCAGCCAAAGGCGUCGAGAACAGUUAUGAUACGAUCAUUGAUCUAUUCCAAAGCCUUCAAGCCAUGCUCGAGCGCUGUACCAUAUAUCUAAAGCACGAAAUAACCCCUCUUGUAAAAGAUAACAUGGUCGAAACUCUUUCGCACCUGCUUGUUAUAUUGGGGCUUGCGACGAAACUGAUCAAGGAAGGGGAGGACAAUGACCUUCAAGAGGCCCUCGUUAAGCUCGAUCGCUUAACAGCUAGAGAGGACCGAUUGGUAUCUGCAACGACCCUGUCGGUGACGAACGACAUCCUUUGUCGGCUCACUGACUACAUCAAAGAGGACUCUGAUCAGAUCGUGAAGGAGAUGCUUGUCUACAUCGCCACCACUGUGGAGAGGUUGGGACGUAUCGAUGUGUCAUCACAAUUGCGUGCUGUCUUGGAGGAGAUCCGGACCUCCCGCGCGAUACUUGCAUCAUGGUUGUCCGCUCCGGAAGUAGCCAGGAAUCAUAAUGCUGCCCGAGAGAAGCACGAACAAGGAUCGUUCCUAUGGUUAUCUGGUGGACCGGGAUACGGGAAAAGUAUUCUCAGUUCUACCGUCAUCGACGACCUUCGCUAUCGCAUCACAGCUGCGCCUCGUGGUACCGCAGCUCUCGCAUACCAUUACUUCAAUUUUCGUGAUCCCGCGAAACAGACUUGCGAGAGCCUGCUGCUUUCGGUCCUCAGGCAACUUCUCUGUCAAUGCCUCGUCAUCCCUACACCUCUUCUUAAUCUUCAUGGGAAGUGCCAGCGUGAAAGAGGUUUCUCCAUCGACGACUUGACACACACACUUGCCGAGAUGCUCAAAAUAUUUGAGCUCAAGUUCAUAGUCGUGGAUGCACUAGACGAAUGUGCUGGAGACGAUCAGUUAGAUAUGAUCACAGACCUACUUGGUGCCCUUAAUAAUCAGUUCGGUGGUGAUGACCUACAUAUCUUUUUAACUGGACGCCCCGAGUCGAACAUUCGGCAGUGUCUUGACCAACUUGUUCCCACAAAAUUUCGCGUGAAAUUGGGAUCGGAGCAGGGACUCAGUGACGACAUCGGAUGCUACGUCAGAUCUGUAAUCCGCAACAGUAACUCCAUCUUCAAACGGUGGAGUUCUGUUCAGCUAGACGAGAUCGAAAAUGCCUUGGUCUAUGGCGCAAACGGCAUGUUUCGUUGGGUCCACUGCCAGCUCGAUGAACUUCGUAAAUGUGUCUCUCCGCGAGCCCUUCGCCGUACUCUGUGCGCCCUGCCCAAAACCCUUGACGAGACUUACGAACGGAUUUUCAUGCAUAUUUAUGACUUACCCAAUCGCGAGGAGGCUAAUCAUAACUUGCUUUGGCUGGCCUUUUCCUUCAGACCCUUGAGUGUCGCGGAGGUCGCAGAGACCGUGGUAUUCUCCUUCGAAAAUGAAGAACCGGCACGCUUUGUCGUGGACGAUCGUGUCGAGGACUUCACGGCCAAUGACGUGCUGAGCAUCUGUUCUACGCUGGUGACCUUGACUCAUGAUUGGAAACUGGGCACAACACUUGAAUUAGCGCGCUCCUCAGUCAAAGAAUAUCUUGUAGAGACACGUAUUCGAGAGCGUGCUGUACCAUCCUACUUCUAUCUCAACGAAACGCUCUCACAUGCUACCAUUGCUCAUGCCUGUCUGGUCUACCUCUUGGAAAUACCAAACUGCGAUGAUUUGAAGAGGUUCCCAUUGACAGAGUUCAUCACAUGUUAA